AUGCAAGCAGCGCUCCUGAGUCUCGGAACGGUCCCUUCCAAAGAGCGCAUCCAAAAGUAUCUCUCAGGUCAAUGGCAUCAGCGAAGUGAGGAUUUGGAACACGGAUUCAGUUGUGAAUGCGACGAGUGUUCACGUCGACAAGUACUUGGGCUGAGGAGGAUCCGUCGAAGUCGUUCAAGCGCCCGGCAGGAGUCUGAGCCGGUGAGGACGGGAUCAAGACGUCGUCGGACCAAGCAUGAGAACGCACGCAGGGGCGAGGGCAAGAUCGGAAGAGUGGCGCAGUUGAGGCCCGGAAGAAUCACCUUUGACACGGUCCUCAUUGAGGAGGGGAGGCGGCUCGAGCUGAACAGGCAGGGACAAUGCAAUCCCGAGGACGUAGCAUCGCAGUUCAACGCCUCGAAUGCGGAAUGCAGCUGGAACAGUGACGAACAUUCCGCGCAUUCCAACGCACUGUACCGCCAGACGAAAACAGAACGACGGGCUUGGCAAGAGGAUCAAGCACAAGCGAGGAAGAGGACGGAGCAGUACAUGGAUGGAUUCUACGAUCGCAAUCCUGCAGCCAAGGCGAAUGGCUGGUUGGCAAUGUCUCAUCAUCGUGAUGGAGGGGUGGAUGGGAGAGCCAGGCGCGAUGCGGUUGACAGGGCAGCGGCAGGAUUGAUCAAGGUUCAACAGCGCCAAUUGCUCGGGCUGGUGCCCAAGUUCAAAGCGAAGAAGCGAUCGAUGGACAGUAGUAAGCGCGAGUCCCGGCCUAGACAGUGA